AUGGCUCCCGUGCUUUUAGAAGCGCAAUUUGCGGAUAAACCCAACGGCGCUCUAAUCAAAAAUUCAAAGAACGAGUCUUCCACGAAUGCAGUCGACCUCACUCUGACCGAACGCCCCUGGCGCCUCCUCCACCUCGUCGAUGCUUUGAACCCUCCCGCGCCUGCAUUCGGGGAGCAUCCAGAUAUUCAUAUCCAGAGACUACUCCAGCUGGCAUGGGUGGCCACAGUCAGGGCUUUUGCCUGCUCAACUACACUGUACAUUGGUGAGGAAUAUUCGCAAGGCCGAUGCUUUGUAGGCGAGGGGGCUCAUUCGGCUCCCAGGCCGACCGUUCAGAUUCACAUAGAUCCACAUGACACUAUGAAGGAGCUGUUCGCGCAAUGCAUCAGCGCAAUGGAUACAUUGAAGAAUGUUCCAACGACCGCCAAUGGACAUGCUGGAGCUGAUGGCAAGAGUUCCGUAUUCAGCGCUACGAUCGUCUAUCAGCGACAACCGCCUCAACGCACAUUUUCGAGCCAAGCUUCAUGUAGAGGGCAAUGUGAGUCCUGUUGUGUGAUACAGCCCAAUGGUGCAUUGGAGGUGGAAUCUCUUUUCACUGGUCUUCGUCUAUCUAUACGUCACACCCCUGACGAUAGGUUACAAGCGUGCCUGGAGGUUGGGGAUUCUGGAAUGGAGCUGCCACUGGCUAGGAGUCUUCUACACAGCUUCAACCAGGCACUUGUUUCACUUACCGGGUCCUCCACACAAACUGUUGGUAGUCUUGACUUGUGUUCCGCAGAGGAUCGGGAACAUAUCGCAAAAUUCACGGGAUCUCUUGCUCCGUGCCAGGAUGAACUUCUCCAUGAGCUUUGUUUUCGAUAUGCAAAGAUAACCCCGGAUGCGCAGGCUGUCCGAUCCUGGGAUGGCGACCUGACAUACCGCCAGUUGGAAGAAUUGACUACUCGUUUAGCUCACUGGCUUGUCGGGCAGGGCGUUGGACCAAACAUAUUCGUCGCGUGCGCAUUUUACAAGUCCACGUGGGCCAUCGUGGCUCGUCUCGCUGUUCUCAUGGCUGGUGGUGCAUACAUCUGUGUUGAUGGGACCGAUCCACCACCGUACCUCGCUUCCGUCCUUGAACGAACCAAAAUGAAGAUAAUGCUCACCUCAGCCGGCUACAAAAGCAAGUUCUCAGGCCGCGUCGAAACGUUGUUUGAAGUGAGCGAAGCCUCGGUGCUGGAUCUACCAUUGAUCAACAUGGUUCCAUGUCCGACCGUCACACCAACAGACCCAUGUGUGGUGCUGUUCACAUCUGGUAGCACGGGAAAGCCUAAGGGCAUUGUGCAAGAGCAUCGCAGCUAUGCGUCCGCUCUGACAGACUACGUCCGAGUAAUGAAGAUGGGGCCACACAGUCGGAUGUUCUCAUUCGAUGCCUACGCUUUCGACAUUAGCAACAAUGACUUCCUGGCCCCUCUCAUGGCGGGUGGCUGCUGCUGCGUUCCAACCGUUUCGCUGACAAUGGACGCUCUCAUGGAUGACAUGAACGACCUGGAAGCCAACAUGAUGUUCAUCACUCCCUCCGUCGCCAUCGACAUAGACCCCGAGCGCGUACCCACCCUGAAAUGGAUGUGCAUUGGAGGCGAGCCAGUCUCAGACGCGGUGUUGGCCAAAUGGCUGAAUCGCGUACAAGUCGUCAACCAAUAUGGAAUGGGGGAAGUCGCCUCACUUUGCGCAUACAACCGCGAUCUCCAAAUGGGCCGUGGAUCGGUAGUGGGUCGUCCGGCCACCGGCGCAAUCUGGAUUGUCAGUCCUGAUAACCCGGACCAACUUAUGCCGAUUGGAGCGGUCGGGGAACUGCUCGUCGAAGGACCCCACCUCUCACAGGGUUACUUGGACCACGUGUCUGGAAAAUCGGAGAAUUUCCUCACCGCACCACCAACCUGGAUGGCGCAGCUGCAUGCCGAGAGACCAGACUACCGACUCUAUCGCUCCGGUGAUCUCGGUCGGUAUAACCACGACGGCACGAUCGAGCUGAUGGGCCGCAAGGACAGCAUGCUCAAGCUCGACGGAGCACGUGUGGAAGCCGGCCAGGUCGAGUACGUGCUCCGACGGAAUCUCUCAACGGGUGAUGCAGCUAUCGUUGAUGUCCUCGGCGCCAUCGAUGGCAAAGGAGACCCCAUUCUGGCGGUUUACAUAUACCUUGCAAACAACCCGAUGAAUGUUGACAGCGGUCCGAUCGAGGAAAUGCAAUUCCGGCCGAUCAGCGAGAAACACGCGAUUAACACGCUGACACAGUCACUCAGUGAUGCUGUCCGUGGGAAUCUGCCCAGGUACUAUGUACCCAGUUUGUAUCUGUUGGUCGAUCGGGUGCCGCGCACGAAGUCGAAGAAGACGGAUCGUCGAAAACUUCAUAUGCUGGGCCAAGCUUAUUAUAUGGAGCAUCGGGAGGAGUUGGAAGAUAUCACUGUUUGGCCUGAGUGGGAUUGA